AUGAGUGAUUGUGUCGUUUGCGACUAUCUUCUGCCUGAUGGAUCUACGGAGGGCAGCACAUGGUUCGCUGUUGGAGAUAUACAAAAAAUUCCAACGAAUGCAACAAUUGACCUGCUCAAGAAGAAGAUAGAAAAUCUCAAGUGCAGUUUCAGACGGGAAUUGAGGAAGGUAAGAGCCAGUGAAACAACUGGAGCUGGCAGCAGCCAGAUAUAUACACCACGUCUCUGGUUCUAUGAACUCAUGUCAUUCUUGGAAGAGAAGGAGAUGAUCAGAGAAGGAUUGGAUACUCUGGAAGAAGACGAGUCACAAAUGGAUGCUGUGGUAAGCAAUUAG